UCGUAGCAACUCCCCUUUCGUUUAUGAGAAGAAGCUGUCAGUGCUGCAGGUUUGUUGUUAAAAAAUGACGUUUUUCAUGCACGCCUGCGCUUUCUUCGUUAAAAUUAUUACCUUACCGCUUCACGUAGCAGAAACGGUCGGACUUUUGUCUUUCUACAAACGCGUGUUUCCUUUUAUCGUGUCUAAAUGUGCGGCUUCGUACAAUGACAAAAUGAACGACAAGAAAAGGGAAUUAUUUCGAAACUUGUCAAAAUUUUACCCAACGAACGGGCCUCUGCGGAUCUUGGAGGUGGGCUGUGGAUCCGGGGCGAACUUUGAGUACUACCCGACUGGCUGCAAACUUACAUGCAUCGACCCGAACCCACAUUUCCGAAGCUAUCUGGAGAAAAGUAUGGCGAAGAACGACCACCUCGUGUAUGACAGCUUCGUUGUCGCUUCAGGCGAGAAUCUACAAGGAGUGGAGGACAACUCGGUGGAUGUUGUGGUGAGCACACUGGUUCUGUGCUCAGUUAAGGAUGUUCACAAGGUUCUGGAUGAGACGAAAAGAGUUCUCAGGCCCGGUGGAGCAUUUUUCUUUAUGGAGCAUGUGGUAUCUGACCCCUCAAGCUGGAUUUACUUUUUUCAGCAUGUUCUACAGCCUUUAUGGUACUAUUUUGGGGAUGGUUGUGAGACAACUCGUGCCACUUGGAAGGAUCUUGAGGCAGCUGGCUUUUCAGACCUGCAGCUACGCCACAUUCAUCCUCCUCUGUUUUUCUUGGUCAGACCUCACAUUGUUGGUUAUGCCAUAAAAUAAUGAAUGUGGAUUUUGACAAAAGGGAAACUUCUCAAGUGUAUAUUCAUUAUCUAGGAUUGUUUAAUUAAUCCAAUGUUUUAUUGUUUUGUUUUAGAAAUAUAAUUUUGUAUCAAAGAGUAAAA